UGAGCAUAACAGUUUUAACAUUGUGUAAUUUUAUUCUUCUUUUAUUCCCAAAAAAUUUAAUAUCAUGCCACAAGAUAUGAAUGUUUUACGCUGUUGUUCGUGUAAAAUGUAUCAGGUGCACAUGAUUAAACAAGCAAAGAAAUGGAAGUGUAAAGUAUGUAAUCACAAACAAAUUUUAAAACAAGUAUUCUUUAGAGGUUCAGGAAAAGAUUGUCGUAUUUGCGUUCAGAAAUUGAAUUUAUUAAAAAUACAAGAGAAUCAAACAAAUGAAUACUUUGAUGACGAUAGCAAUGUAAAUAAUUAUCACUGUGCUAACUUUUCCAAUCAGUCAAAUACUGAGAAAGUUGAAAACAAAUGGGCAAAGUAUUUAGAUACUCCAGAAGAUACUGCUGGAGUAUCUAGCUUUUCAUGUAGCGAAAGAAGUAACUACCAAGAGGUUCAUGAACCUACAUGUCUAGAUACUAAUAGCACAAUAGAGGAAUACUCAGAGAUUGAAUACGUAAAUACUAAUAUUAGUUGCAAUUACCAAAGUAAUUUUGAGCAAGAACAUUUUCAUAACGAAGAAGAAUAUGAUGAACAAAAUGAUAACACGAUUGAAGAAAGCGAAACAUUUGAUAAUAAAAGUAACAUUGAUAGUCAUACCCAGUACAAUGAUGAAAAUAUUAAUGAAGCUAAAUCUGCAAAAAACAUUUUUGAUGACAAUGAAGAUUUUGAUGAUACUAUUAACUUCUAAAUGUGUAUUUGUCAAAUUAAAAACUGGAAUAUCUUGAUUCCAAGUAUCAUUAUUUAAAAUAUUAUUUCUCUAAGGUUUUGAUUAAAUAAAUGAGAUAUUUAUCAUCGUU